AUGUCCAAGCCCAUAGUCCUCCAACUGGGCCAAAUCGAGCAGUACAUCCCCCUCCUCUUCGUCUCACCCUCAUCAGUCCCAUCUCACACUCCCCAAUCAACCUCCAGCCUCGUCUUCACAUCCUCCCAUAAUCACCUCUAUAUCCCCGCCCACGACACCUGGGCAUCCCUAGCCGACGUCGCCCAAAUCAUCAAGCCCAAGGCCACCAACCGCGCCGAGUUCCUCCAAGAAUGUAAAUCCGGCGCCCUCGACGGCGUGGUGGCAAUUUACCGCACCUUUUCGAGCGUCCACAUCACCGGCCGCAUCGACGCCGAGCUCGUCGCCGCUCUCCCCUCCAGUGUAGGCUUCAUCUGCCACAAUGGCGCCGGCUACGACCAAAUCGACAUCCCAGCCUGCACCCCCCGCCCAAUCCUCGUCUCAAACACCCCCACAGCAGUCGACGACGCAACAGCAGACAUGGCAAUCUUCCUCAUCCUCGGCGCCCUCCGCAACCUCAACGCCUCCAUCCUCUCCAUCCGCGCCUCCCAAUGGAAAGGCACACCUCCUCCCCCCUUGGGCCGCGACCCGCAGGGCAAAAUCCUAGGAAUCCUAGGCAUGGGCGGUAUCGGGCGCAACAUGGCCAAGAAGGCGAGGGCGUUUGGCAUGGAGGUGCGGUAUUAUAACCGUACGAGGCUCGAGGGCGCCUUAGAGGAGGAGUAUGGUGCAGGAUAUGUUGAUUUUGAGACGUUGUUGCGGGAGAGUGACGUGGUUUCGUUGAACUUACCUCUAAACGCUCACACCCGGCACAUAAUCUCAACCCCGCAAUUCGACCUCAUGAAACCCGGCGUCGUGAUAGUCAAUACAGCCCGCGGCGCAGUCAUCGACGAGGCCGCCCUCGUAUCAGCCCUCGACUCUGGAAAAGUCGCCAGCGCGGGCCUCGACGUGUUUGAGAACGAGCCCGAGGUCCACCCCGGUCUGCUCGCCAACCCCAAUGUUCUCAUUGUCCCGCACAUGGGCACCUGGACGCUGGAGACGAGCGUCAAGAUGGAAAAGUGGGCGAUUGGCAAUGUUAGGAGGGCGGUGACGGAGGGGAAGUUGGAUAGUGUUGUUGUUGAGCAAAAGGGGCUGGUUGGUGGUAAGUAA